CACACCAAAUUCCACUCAGCAACAACCAUCAUCGAUCUCAUUUCAUCUUGCCCGAGCUAGCCCUAGCUAGCAACAAGCUGAACAGUAAGAGUCUUGGUCUCAAUAAUCCCAUACUGUUUCUUGCGUGAUUAGUAUUCAGAGCAGCAGGGAUAGGAAUACACAAGCACAAGCUAGGACACACGCCAAGAAACCAAAGCGAAAGCAAGAAGCCAACACAGCCAGAGAGCGAGCUGUAACUCAUCAUGGGGUUGGAGAGAAUGAGCCCCACAGCAGCGGAUUACUCCUCCUCCUCGCGCUCCUCCAGUGCGUCCACGGCCACCACGGAGUCCGGCGCCGCGCAGCUGCAGGCUGCUUUAGUGCUGGGCGUUGCGGCCGCGGAGGUCUCGCCGGCGGACGAGGCCGUGACGUCGCAGCCGUCGGCGGCGGCGGCGCAGCAGGGGUCGUCGCGGUACAAGGGCGUCGUGCCGCAGCCGAACGGGCGCUGGGGCGCGCAGAUCUACGAGCGCCACGCGCGGGUGUGGCUCGGCACGUUCCCCGACGAGGAGGCCGCCGCGCGCGCCUACGACGUGGCAGCGCUCCGCUACCGCGGCUGCGAGGCGGCGACGAACUUCCCGGGCGCGGGGGCGUCUGCCCCCGAGCUCGCCUUCCUGGCGGCGCACUCCAAGGCGGAAAUCGUCGACAUGCUCCGGAAGCACACCUACGCCGAUGAGCUCCGCCAGGGCCUGCGCCGCGGCCGGGGCAUAGGAGCGCGCGCGCAGCCCACGCCAGCGUGGGCGCGGGUGCCGCUGUUCGAGAAGGCCGUGACGCCCAGCGACGUCGGCAAGCUCAACCGCCUCGUCCUGCCCAAGCAGCACGCCGAGAAGCACUUCCCGCUGAAGCGGGCGCCGGAGACGGCCACCGGCAAGGGCGUGCUCCUCAACUUCGAGGACGGUGAGGGGAAGGUGUGGCGGUUCCGGUACUCGUACUGGAACAGCAGCCAGAGCUACGUGCUCACCAAGGGCUGGAGCCACUUCGUCCGGGAGAAGGGCCUCCGAGCCGGGGACACCAUCGUGUUCUCGCACUCGACGCUCGGGCCGGAGAAGCAGCUCUUUAUCGACUGCAAGAAGAGCAAAACGGCUGCCAUCGAUGUGCCGGCGCCGGCACCGGCGGAGAAACCAAAGGAAACCCGUGUCGUGAGGCUGUUCGGCGUCGACAUCGCCGGAGACGGGUUCCAGAAGAGAGCGCGGCCAGUGGAGAUGGCGUUUGAGGGAGGGCAGAUCUUGAAGAACCAACGCGUGGCUCAUCACCGCUCUCAUGCCCUAGGUGCCUUCUUGUUAUAGCAGCGAACACAUAUAUGCACAUAUAGCAUUCUAGUUCUCCCCCUUUUUGUUCUUGCCGCCUGUUAAUUUGAUCGCGAUUUCAAUUACUAGUAUUUGUUCUUCGUUCGCAAAGAACUUGUAACUGCAAAACGAGUUGUAUAUAUGUACACCAUUAGGAAGUCUUGGGCUGGUAGUAAUCCUAUAACAUCAUGCAAGUUUUUGUGACA